AGAACUUCCUCAUGGAAAUUUCCAUAUUUUACAUAGGCUGCUUUCUCUUACAGAUGGUCUUGUCCCCUCUCUCUGUUUCAUCUGAGCUACAAAUGCCGAGACAAAGCUCAGAUUCUGCUCCAUUAUUCCCUCCCAACUUUCUUUUUGGGACUGCCUCUUCUUCUUACCAGUGUGAAGGUGCAUACUUGAGUGAGGGUAAAGGUCUGAACAACUGGGAUGUAUUUACUCAUAAACCAGGAAACAUAAUGGAUGGAAGCACUGGAGAUGUUGCUGCAGAUCAUUAUAAUCGGUAUCUGGAAGACAUUGAUCUAAUGGACUCCAUUGGAGUAAAUAGCUAUAGGUUCUCUCUUUCUUGGGCAAGAAUUUUACCUAAAGGAAGAUUUGGAGAUAUCAAUUGGGCUGGCAUCAACCAUUAUAACAAGCUAAUCGAUGCUCUCCUGCUUAAAGGGAUUCAACCAUUUGUAACUCUGACACACCUUGAUUUCCCUCAAGAACUUGAGGCAAGAUAUGGAAGUUGGCUCAGUCCUGAAUCACAAGAGGACUUUGCAUAUUAUGCAGACAUCUGUUUCAAGUUCUUUGGGGACCGAGUGAAGCAUUGGGUUACCUUCAAUGAGCCAAACUUCCAGGUGAAUUUGGGUUACCGCUUAGGCACAUACCCGCCAUCUCACUGCUCGAGGCCAUUUGGAAACUGUACCUAUGGAGAUUCGGAGAAGGAACCCUUCAUAGCAGCCCAUAAUAUGAUCCUUUCACAUGCUGCUGCAGUCAAUAUUUAUAGAACCAAGUACAAGGAGAAACAGAGGGGAUCUAUUGGGAUAGUCAUGCAUGCAUUCUGGUUUGAACCCAUCAGCAAUUCUAGAGCUGACAAGUUAGCUGCUGAAAGAGCACAAUCGUUCUCUUUAAACUGGUUCCUAGAUGCGGUUAUAUUUGGAAGAUAUCCUCCAGAGAUGAAGAACAUUCUGGGAUCUAGAUUACCUGAAUUUUCAAGCAUCGAGCAAGAGAGACUAAAGAAUGGAUUAGAUUUUAUUGGCAUUAAUCACUAUACUAGUUACUUUGUCCAGGACUGCAUCUCUUCUGUGUGUGAACCUGGAACCGGAACCACAAAGACAGAGGGGUUCUGGAGACAAAGCUCAGAGAAAAACGGUGUCCACAUUGGAGAACCUACUGAUCUGGAAUGGCUAAAUGUUUAUCCACAAGGAAUGGAGAAGAUUGUGACCUACGUAAAAGAGAGAUACCAUAACAUGCCUAUGUUCAUCACAGAAAAUGGAUACGGCAUUCUGAACAAGCCAAAUCUCCUCAAUGAAGAAAUUAUUAAUGAUAUCAAAAGAGUGGAGUACAUGACUGACUACUUGGAUGCAUUGAUCAUGGCAAUAAGGAAAGGAGCAGAUGUAAGGGGUUACUUUGUGUGGUCCUUUCUAGACAGUUUUGAGUGGACAUAUGGAUAUACAGCAAGUUUUGGACUUCACCAUGUUGACAAUGAUACACUGAAGAGAACUCCAAAACUAUCUGCAAUUUGGUACAAAAAAUUCAUUGCAGAGCAUGGCAGAACAAAAUAUCGAAUUACAGACCAUGUUUCAGGGCAUCUGGUAGCAUGUUAAUGAAUCUAUUCUCGAUUCAUGUUGAGACAAGACCUAAAUGAACAAAAUCAUUUGCAGUGCAGCUGGGGGCAAUAUUUCCCAUAUUAGGGUUUCUAUCAGAUUUGUUCCUCUAGAAGAUAGGAAAACAUAAAUUAAUAUGCUUUAACAAAUGGAGAGAUCAUAUUAAAUGUCAUAAGAGAAAGAUAC